AGUUUGCAAUGCCCAUCCUGGGUGAAAGGUCAUUAGCGUCAUACUCAUGCUGCCCGGAAUCACAACAUACAGCUAAAUUAGCAAAACGACUGUAGUAAGAGUGCUAUAUUCAUUUUUUUCUGUAUUGGUACCGUAACUCGCUUUGACAGAAAUGUCCGGAAAGGCUAAGGAUAUCCUACAGAUGGACCUGUACGGUUUACUCGGCAUUGACAACACCGCUACAACGAAAGAGAUCAAGAAAGCAUAUCGACAGAAAGCCUUGACAUGCCAUCCAGACAAGAACCCAGACAACCCAAAAGCAGUGGAGCUCUUCCACCAGUUAUCUCAGGCUCUUGAGGUGCUAACAGAUGCUGCUGCCAAGGCUGCUUAUGACAAAAUAUGUGCUGCCAAAAAACAAGCAGAAGAAAGAAACAAGAAACUAGAUGAUAAAAGAAAGAAAAUUAAGCUUGACUUGGAGGCCAGAGAGCGACAAGCGGAAGCUCAAAGCCAGGAGGAGGUGCAAAUCACUAGAACACUUGAAGAAGAGAUUGCUCGCUUAAGGGAGGAGGGAUCCAGACAGCUUGAAGAGGAGCAGAGGCUGAUCAGAGAACAGAUCCAGAGAGAAAGAGAAGCACAGCAGCAAGCAGGCGACCACACUCAGAGAAACUCAGGAGUGGAGAGAUGUUCCAAGAGCAACGUAACCCCGAAACUGAAGUUGAAGUGGAAGUGUAAAAAAGAUGAUGAGAUGAAUGGAGGUUACUCUCAAGACAUUCUUUUUAAACUUCUACAAAAGUAUGGCGACGUUUUGAAUGUGAUUAUAUCGAGUAAGAAGAAAGGAAGCGCUGUCGCAGAAUUUGCAACUGUGAGAGCAGCUGAGUUAGCUGUUAAGAAUGAAAGUGGCCUAACUACCAACCCCUUGAAGAUUUCCUGGCUUGAAGGACAGCCUGAGGUUUUUGUCGCAGCAUCUCAAUCUGGCCAGUUCAUGCCUUCACAGGGCUCCCUGUCAAAUGAGCGCGACUAUGAAAGCGUUGUGAUGAUGAGGAUGAGGCAGGCCGCCGAACGUCAGAAACUCAUAGAACAAAUGCAGAGAGAAGACGAGGAGGAAGCUGCCAGGUCGUAGCGCCACGGGACUCGGCUCGGUAGCAGCCCUGCGAGAAAUAUUCGAUGAAAAAUGUUUCAGGCUUUAGUUUCAUAAAGUCUCUUAUUUGUUUUAUUAUUUUUUUUUGUAUGUAAUACAAU